AGCUUAUUUGGAGGGUCAUGAGAGACCAGGUGCUGUGUUGUGUGGACAAACAGGGUAUCCUGUCGUGGCCUAACCCCAGUCCAGAGACCGUGCUGUUCUUCAGCGGACGGGUCGAACCACCUCACAACAGCCAGGAUGAUCUCAGAGACGACCUGUCCGUCAACUCCUACUGCCGAAUGGAGACGGAUGACGACAGGGAUGAGGCCCAGGAGGGGCAGGCUCUGCUCUGUCUACCGGCAGAGUCCUCCACCCAGCUGGGGGAGGGGCCCGAGCCGAGCGAGACCUCACACGACACCAUUCGCUCAUCUGACACGGUCCGGCUUCGGCGUUCCUGCCAGCCCGCACACAGUCGCACCAAACACCACUCUGGAUCCAACGUGAGCUUCAGCCACGACACUGAGGGAGGCGAGGACGACCAGGCCCAGGACUUUGCAAUGGGCUGCCCAGAGGCGGAGGCAGAGGACUUUGUGUGUGACUACCACCUGGAGAUGCUGAGCCUGUCACAGGACCAGCAGAACCCAACCAGCAUCCAGUUUGAUCAUCUCUCCUGGCAGUGCCACCUGCCCUCCCUCAAGCCACUGGGCCUCAACAUCAUGCUGAACCUCUGCAACGCCAGCGUCACCCAGCAGCUCUGCCGCUUCUCUGACCACCUGUCCAACCUGGCUCUGCAGGAGAGCCACGGCUCUGUACUGCCUGUCUACGUACCCUGGGGGCUCUGUGAGCUCUCCAGGCUCAUAGGAUUCACUCCCGGUGCAAGGGAGCUGUUCAAACAGGAGAACCACUUGGCUCUGUACCAGCUGCCAUCUGGAGAGAAAACCAAGGAGUUCACCUCCCGCCACCUUCAUUACUUCACCAAACGCCAGCCUCCCAUGUCCCACCUCAUCUCUCUGUUCGUACGAGACUCCUCCUCCAAUAACAUCCAGAUGCUGUCACAUGGCUCGGCUGACCUCAUCCUGGAAGCCUGCACUGACUUCUGGGAUGGAACUGAUAUCUACCCCCUGUCGGGCUCAGACAGGUGCCGUCACACUGAUCGCUCUUCUGUGGCUGUAAAUCUUGAGUCAGACACAAGUAUCAAAGUUUCAUAAGCACAGCACAG